AUUGAAGUGUUGUAUUUUGCAAAAAGUGCUGAAAUAACUGGAGUUCGUUCGGAGACCAUUUCUGUGCCGCAGGAAAUCAAAGCGUCGCAGCUGUGGAAGGAGAUAGAGACUCUGCAUCCUGGACUGGCCGAUGUUAGAAAUCAGGUGAUCCUUGCUGUUCGUCAAGAGUAUGUCGAGCUUGGAGAUCAGCAACUCCUGCUUCAGCCCGGAGAUGAAAUUGCCAUUAUCCCCCCAAUUAGCGGAGGAUAGGGCAUUGGAGCCAGCUAGGAAAGAUGUGGUUGAGGUUGAAGAGAAACCUAAAGACAUAAUACUGUUGACUGCAGAGAAGCUCUCAGUGGAUGAAGUCUCUCAGUUGGUGAUCUCCCCGCAGUGUGGUGCGGUGUCUCUCUUUGUAGGGACUACAAGAAAUAACUUUGAAGGCAAAAAAGUCACUAGUUUAGAAUAUGAAGCUUAUCUACCGAUGGCAGAAAAUGAAAUCAGAAAAAUUUGUCUUGACAUCAGGCAGAAAUGGCCAGUCAGACACAUCGCGGUGUUCCAUCGACUUGGUUUGGUUCCGGUGUCAGAAGCAAGCACAAUCAUUGCUGUGUCCUCGGCUCACAGAGCCGCGUCCCUGGAAGCCAUGAGCUAUGCCAUCGAUUCUUUGAAAGCCAAGGUGCCCAUAUGGAAAAAGGAAAUAUAUGAAGAACCAGCAUCAUCUUGGAAAAGAAACAAAGAGUGCUUCUGGGCUGCUGGAGAUUAGUCGCUGGAUGUUUGGUGGUGCCCUAAAUCUUAAAUGUGGCAAACAAUCUCUUAGGUGAUACGAACGGAAAAAUAGCAGAAUGCGUGAGCGUGUGGGAUGAGGGGCUGCAGGAACUAAAGGCUUGACUAAAAUAUGAGAUAAGGUCUGCUGGACCAUCCUGUGACUAAUUCCCGGUUGUAGCCAGCUCUCAAGGACUGUGACCUUCCUUUUACGGUCAUCUGUCCCAGGAAGACCUCCCUGUCCCAUGGGCUAUUGACAGCAUCAUUAUCAGGCAUGUUUUACAAAAGAUCGGCAGGAUCAGAAAGUCAUUGUUAGUUUUGAUAUUAUAUAUUUUUACAUAACUUAAACGUAAAACCAAAUAAAUCAUGAUUUUAAAUAGCCUAAAGUAGAUUCUAUUUGUUUAUAUUCAGUGAUAAUAUCUAAGAAAUUUUAUAUUAUAGAUUCCACUAUGACUUCAGAAUCUAUAACUACACAGUAAACCUUUUUAUAUUUCAUUAGUUACCAGGAUCUUUAUGACUGUAAAAAUUAGCAUAAAAUUGUUGCAAAACUAACUAGCAUUAAAAUGGUUUGUGUUAAAAUGGUAUCUGAUGUUUGAAAGUUGGCCCACAACUCCUUAGGGAAAUUAUGUGAUUAUUUAUUAAAAUAGUUUGGAUAGUUUUCAUAAUGUUUAUAUGACAUUAGCUUGUGUGAAGUUAUUACUAAACAAAUUAAAUUUUCUGAAAGAUUUUUAUAUCAGACAUCCUGUUUUUGAUUGGUCAAGCUGUCAUUGCAGGCCGAGUACAAAAGUCCCAUACAAUUUGUUGUGAAAAUCUUUUCAGCUUUAUUGACCUAUAUUUGAUAAGUAAAAUGUAUUUAAGUUCUAUAAUGUGGUGUUUAGAUGCUUGUGUUGUGAUCAUCACGACCCAGAUGAAUAACACAUCUGUCAUUUCUGUAGCUUCAGUAGGGGGCGACUUCAGAUGCCUUCUGAGCUCCUAAAUAAUUAAAAUCCCAGCAUAGUUGGUUGAUAGACGUCAUCAUAGAAUUAGCAGCAUUUAUAAUAAAAAUAAAGACUACCAUUAAACACUA